AUGGACACUGGACCUUCCCUGCUUGUGCUCCUCUGUUACGGGCAGCUCUUGCCAUGGCUCAGGGUCAACAGUGAUCACAGCAUAGGUGACUUCUACAAUGAGACCGAAGCAAAGAUAUUCCUGCAGCUUUAUGACCAAACAGCCCAGGUUGUGUUGAACCAGUUCAUGGAGGCUACUUGGAACUAUGUCACCAAUAUCACCAAGAAAAAUCAGGAGGAGAUGCUGCGCAAGGACAUGGAGAGAUCCAAGUUCAUGGUGUACUUUGGCACCCGGGCCCGCCUGUUUAAGAUUGCCCAGUUCCAGGACCCGGCCGUGAAGCGCAUGCUGAGUAAGCUGCAGGACAUAGGCAAGGCGGCCUUGCCCGAGGACGAGCUCCAGGAGUACAACAAGCUUCUGGCCUACAUGGAGACCACGUACAGUAUGGCCCAGGUGUGCCUGAAUGAGGGGCCCUGCCUGCCUCUGGAGCCUGACCUCGAAGAAGUCAUGGCCACCUCCAGGGACCAGAAGGAGCUGCUGUGGGCCUGGGAGGGCUGGCGGGACGCCGUGUGCCGUGAGAUCCGCACCGUCUUUGAGCAAUACGUGGAGCUCAGCAACAAGGCCGCGCAGCUCGACGGUUACAAAGACAUGGGGGCCUCGUGGCGCUCCCAGUACGAGUCUGACACCCUGGAGCAAGACCUGGAGCAGCUCUACGAGGAGCUGCAGCCGUUCUACCUGAACCUGCACGCCUACAUGCGCCGGGCCCUGCACCGCCGCUAUGGGCCCAAUGUCAUCAACCUGAGGGGGCCCAUCCCUGCCCACCUCCUGGGGAACAUGUGGGCCCAGUCCUGGGUCAACAUCUUAGACCUGGUCCUGCCCUUCCUGAAGAAGACCCCCGAGGACAUCACGGAGAUCAUGAAAGGCCAGCACUGGAGGCCAGAGAAAAUGUUUCAAGAGGCUGAAAACUUCUUUACUUCCUUGGGGCUGCUGCCCGCCCCACCCGGUUUCUGGAGAAAGUCGAUGCUGGAGAGGCCACCAGACGGGCGGGAAGUGUAGUGCCAAGCCUCUGCCUGGAACUUCUACAAAGACGAUGACUUCAGGAUAAAGAAGUGCACCGAGGUGACCAUAGAAGACCUGCUCUCCAUCUUCCACCAGAUGGGCCACAUCCAGUACUUCCUGCAGUAUAAGAACCUCUCUGUAAUCUUCCGCUCAGGAGCCAACCCAGCCUUUGAAGAGGCCGUGGGGUCGGUGAUCACCCUCUCGGUCUCCUCCCACAAGCACCUGCUCAACAGAGGCCUGCUCAGCUUCCAGCACCAGGACGCAGAGGAGGAGAUCAACUUCCUGAUGAGCAUCGCCCUGGGGAAGAUUGCCUUCAUCCCCUUCAGCUACCUCAUGGAUCUGUUUCGCUGGAAGGUCUUUGACGGCACCAUCAGGAAGAACAUCUACAACCAGGAGUGGUGAAACCUCAGGUUGAGGUACCAGGGCAUCUGCCCCCCCAUUCCUCGCUCAGAGGAGGACUUUGAUCCAGGUGCCAAGUUCCACAUUUCUGCCAGUGUGGCCUACAUACGGUACUUCCUCAGCCUAGUGCUCCAGUUCCAGUUCCAUGAAGCGCUGUGCAAGGCCGCAGGUCACAGGGGCCCGCUGCACCGGUGUGACAUCUGUAACUCCAAGAUAGCUGGGAAACUCCUGGGGGAUGCCCUAAAGCUGGGCUCGAGCAAGCCCUGGCCAGAGGUCCUACAGAAGCUGACCGGGGAGUCCAGCGUGUCUACAAAGGCCCUCAUGGCCUACUUCAGACCCCUGCUGAACUGGCUGGUGAUUGAGAACGUGCAGCAGGGGGAGAUCCUGGGCUGGCCAGACUUCAGCUGUUCCUUUGAAGACAAAGCGACAUUCCUGAAUCUGCGGCUGGACCCUGACCAGGCCAAGUUUGGUCAGUGGCUGCUGCUGAUCCUGAGCCUUGUCCUGUUCGUGGUGGCCCUGGGACUGGCCUACAGGCUGUAUUUAGUGGAAAAACAGUCACUGGCCCAAGAUGAGAUGCUAUUCAGCUCACUGUUCACUUCCUACUUCCUGGGCAUGACCAUGGAGCCCCAGAAGGUUGCCAAAAGACAGUGGCUACUGCUGGGCCUCUGUGUCUUCCUGACGCUGUGCUCAAUCAGCCUGACCAUUUGGAUUUUCACACAUCAUGGCGGGAAGCCUCCAAGGAUGAGCACUGAAUGGUGGAGCUGGUACUAA